CAGGGCACUCAAGUUCUGGAGGAGGUCGGAGCUGGACGCGCUCCGCUGCCCGACUUGCAUCGACAUUCCUCCGUCUGUUCCGCCCGCACAGCUGAGCCAAACGUUCUCGGUGCGUAAUUGCGCACGGGCACGACGGAUCCGCGCCGCUACCGGCCGUGGGAACCCGCGGACAAAGGACGGCGGGCAGGCAGGCGGGCUGGAGAAACACCGCCUGACUUCAGAGGAGAGAAGUGUGGUUGGGAAGGAAACGGGGGGAUCUGGAGUCGGAAGUGACUGGUGUUUUUACUCUUGAGAAAUGUAAGGCGAGGAAAGGAUUUCAGGAAGAAAGUCAGACUGGGCCACACGGACUUCUGACAGGAACAACUCCUAAAAAAAACACCAGCAUCCAGAUCAUCGGAGCAUGGGCGGAGGUAUCUGAGAGCUGUAAAAUGUACCCGCGACACCGUGAGAGGGAGCAGCCCAUCUUCAGCACCAGAGCUCAUGUCUUCCAGAUCGACCCGGCGACCAAACGCAACUGGUUGCCUGCCAGUAAGCACGCCGUCGCCGUGUCCUUCUUCUACGACGCCAGCCGCAACGUCUACCGCAUCAUCAGCGUGGGCGGGACGAAGGCCAUCAUCAACAGCACCAUCACGCCCAACAUGACGUUUACCAAAACGUCCCAGAAGUUCGGCCAGUGGGCCGACAGCCGGGCCAACACCGUCUACGGUCUGGGUUUCUCCACGGAGCAGCAGCUGCAGCAGUUUGCAGAGCAGUUUAAGGAGGUGAAGGAGGCGGCUCGUCUGGCCAGAGAGAAAUCCCAGGAGAGGUUUGAACUGGCCAACCCCGGACUCAACAUCGCAGCUCCUCAGCUCUCGCAGGAGCUGUCGGAGGAGCGUCAUUCUCCGCCGCUGCUGACAGUUAACGGGCCUGGAGAGGAAAAACUGUUUCGCAGCAGGAGCGCAGAAGUGGAGCUGACAGCUGAGAAGGAACGGGUCAAAAAGAUGCUGUCAGAAGGGUCCAUGUGUGAGCUAAACUUGGAGGCUGAACUCUUCACUCUGCAGGACAGCAACGCCAAGCUGGUGGCAGCGCUGCAGGAAGCCAACAGCAGCGUGGAGCAGUGGAAGAAACAGCUGGCAGAAUACCAGGAGGAGACCGAUCGCCUCCGAGACCAGGUGGCUGACCUGGAGGCGCAGCUGGGGCGUCCUGCUGCUGGUCAGCUGGCUAAAGACGAGCUGAGUCGGUCGCUGGAGGAGCUGGAAGCCUCGCUGAGAGCCAAAGAGCAGGAGAUUCAGAAUCUGCAGUGCAGAAAAACAGAUGUGAGUGAACUGGAAAAGGAGAAAGAGGAGAUCAUGCAGAGACUUCAGGAUCUGGAGAGACGAAACACCGAGCUGGAGAGUCGUGCUCAGAGCGCUGAGGAAACGUUGGCCACGAAUCUCGAGGAGCAGCAGCAAGCAGAGGUUGAAGUCCAGCGAAUCAUCGGGGUUCUGGACGUCAAAAUCGGUGACCUGAAAGGCCUGAGAGAAAGUUUAGCAAAACUGGUGGAUAAGUAGCCACAGCUGGAGCUGGGAUGCAUCUCCACAGUCUGAGUUGAAUCGGUGCAGUAGGACAGCAAAGAUCGCAGAGAUGAGGUUGACCUUUUUCUGUGAGAAUCAGUGAAGAUUGACAGCUUUCUCAAAACCUGUUUUAUCAUCUGCAACUGCUGACUAACCUCUGAAGGAGGAAAACCUGUCCUCUAUGGAAAACAACAACACUCCAAAUUACAAUCUUUAUGGCUUUUUGAUGCCGUAGCUUUUAGUAAAACUCUCACCUGGAAUCUCAUUUACAAAUACAAUCAGACAUAUUUAUACUCACUUAAUCUUUAGGUACAUUUAGGUGUUCAUAAAUGAUUCACAAAAGCAGAAAAUUAUGACAAACCUGGAUUGCUUUGCCUCAUCUGGAGCCAACAGUCGAACGUGUAAAGAAUGCACAGCUUUCUGUGAACACACUGCAGUUGCAGCCAUUCUGCUCUAUCUGCAGUCUGUCCAUUCAUUCCAGUAGAGAACAAGCAUUGCAGCGAUACCAGUAACCUAAACCUUCAAAUAACUAAGAGAAGCCUGCCUUUUAAAAUACCCACACUCACGUCUUCUGGUUUAAAUAUUUGUCCUUUUUUUUGCCAUUUAAAUUGCUUCCUUGGUAGUUUUGCAUUGCUGCAUCAGUACACAGGGAAAAUAUUUAAUUAAAAGUACUUAAGGCAAACAAUGAGUGGAUAAAGUCCAGCACAGUAGGUAUAGAUGACCCACGAAGACUUUUAAUUUGUUUUUGCCCUGCUAUGGUAGCUAAUUGUCCAGUUCAAACAGUGACAAGCUGUUUAAACUCGGGGCUACAUUUGAGAUUUUCACUCACAUUAAACCUCAACUCUCCUCCCGGCUUGAGGUGAGCCCGUGUUGACGUACCAUAACUGCUUGUUGUUUCUGCAGAGGAUUUUUUCUUGCAAGACAACAGUGAAAUUACUCAUUUUACUAACAAAUUAAAGAGGACUUAAUAUGCAAAAUUUGCAUUUAGCACAUUUUUCUACUUUAAUUCUGGUCUCAACUGCUUCAGAAGUUUAUGUUUUUUGUUGUCUAGAAAUCUCCUGAUUGUUACGAACACUGCUCCGUUACCCAGCAACCUUAGCCAUGCCCAGCCUGUUACUUAGCAACCGCAGCAAAGCUCCAGCAUGUUUGGUCAGCUGGUUUUACCGCUUCAUGCGCUGUACAAUGGCUGCUGGAAAAGAAAAGUGUUUAGUUAUUGACUUACCAUUUAGUAAACUUUUUGUACAAUGUUCAAGGACUGAUGUAUGAGGUGUUUGGGAACACCAUGGUGCCUCCAGUUGGAGGUUUGGUCAAAACGUAUUGCUGGAAGGAGACCCCAGAUUAAAUUAGAGACUAUAAUCCCCUUUUUGUUAACACUUUGGUCACCAGAAAGAGGUGACCUCAUGGACUCUGCUGACUGACUUCAGAUAAGCAGAAGACAAUGGAUAGAUGAAAGUCAAAAAGAAGAAAUAAUCUUCAAAACUUUCAAAGUAUUAUUGUUGACAAAAUAUUAGCAAACCUUUAGGCAUAGACUUGAAAUAUGUCAGUAAAGACAAUAUAGUAAUGAUCACUUUGACUCUGUAUUGUCAGAAAAAUAAGGAAUAAAUUUCAAGUUGGAUCAGUACUGGUACAAAGGUUGAGGAUCUUAAAGCAAACACAGAAAACAAUGGCGUAUGUAUUUGAUUUAGUCCCAGUGGCUCAUAUCUUUUUAGGCCUUUCAGACUGCAGUGAAAAAAUCUGAUAUACCGGUAGGGCACAUUCGCCUGCUGUGUGGAAGUAGCCUCGGCUUUUGUUUCUCACCAUUGGCCCUGCUCAAUGUGACUGCAUGUUCAUGACUCAUUUAAUGACAGUGCCAACUCAAAUUAGCAUUUGGCAAGAAACAUCCAUGAGCUAUCCUUUGAGAUAAAAAUCACUUCAGCAUCAAAGGAAGGUCAUACUCUGUUUUAAAUCCACUUUAUUAAUUAAGCCUGGUAAGUAAAAUGCAAAACCAAAAGCUGCCAGCCAUUCAGCUUUAUAUGUUCAUAGUAAUGAAAUUAAUGAGCCAAAAUUAAUAAUGUGAGGCCUCAUUGACAGAAAAUAAGUGAGUGCAUCUUUUAGGAGGAUUGCUAUUUAACACUAUAUUUAAUGAUUCUGGCCUGUUCCUUAAAUGUCAAGCUCAUUGUGGUGUUAUAUUCUCCAUGAUAGGGAAUCCAGAGUGGUGAUUGAAUUAUCAAAUAGCCAAACAACCUGAGUGUGUGUGUAAAAUAGAAAAGGACAGUGAUAGAGCGGCUCUGCUUUCACCAGAGCUGUAUGUAUAUAUUUCAAGCGCUUGGGCAUGUCUGGACAGACAGUGAGAUAACAGAGCCUUCAGGGUGCGAGUUACAUCAGACAAGCGCCUCAUCAAAAUUCUACAUGUGUGGUUCCAAGAAACAAGAGAGAGUGAAAGGUCAAUUGUCUUAUCUUGUAGUUUUCUCUGAAGUCUACAUAAUACUGAAAUAAACACCUGGACUCCUCACGUGGUUGUAGAGAUGCCACAUUUAGGUUUAAAUCUUCUAGUUACUAUUAGUGAUUCAAUUUACUAAUGCUUACAGUAGGGUUGGAUCAAUUAGUCAAACAAUCAUCGACUAAUUUAGUAAUUGAUUGUUAUCUGGAGUAAACGGCCAUUUGCUGAGAAAAUAGCAACUUAGAGCAGCAAAUGUAUCAAAAAUAUAAACAUUUUGCCAUUUAGAUGGAAACGUUCUUUGCCUGUAAACAUGUUCUAAAGUGACAUCUUUGGCUUCACUUGGUUCAAAUUCUUAAAAAAAAAUUCCUGUUAGCAUUUAAUAUUAAGAGAAUGUCCCCUGAAAGCUGCCGAAUAUUAGCCUGCUAACCGUUUGCCGAACGUUAGUUUGCUAACGGUUUACCGAAUGUUAGCCUGUCAACCGUUAGCCUGCUAACCGUUAACCCGCUAACCGUUAGGCUGCUAACCGUUUGCCGAACGUUAGCAGGCUAACGACUGUUGGCCUGCCGGCUGUGCCCAAUAUCACAAUGUGUUUUAUUAGGAACAUUACGUUCGUUUCCCGAACGUUAGCAGGCUAACUUUAGUGUUCGGUGCCGAACGUCCGCAAACAACGUUUUCCGGACAUUUAAUGAUAUUUCAUUUGUCCGGCAAAGGUUCGCCAAAACGUCAAAAUGACCCGUAUUAACGGCAUUAAAGAGUAUCAAGACAAAAGUAAUGAUGAAGAAAAACACAAAAACAACCCUUCAUCCUUUAUUUUGAAUGUCUUCAAACCCCCAUAGAUUUGGAGACAUUUAUGUUUAAAAAUUCAGUAUUUUUAAACAUACAAUGUUUAUGAAAACAACAACAACAAAGACACCUUACAGUCAGUGUCAGUAUAUUUUAGUACAUUUUUACUAAUCAAAAAAUAAUGGUUAACUAUUUUUUCACUGUAGAUGCAUUCCUUGUAACAAAUGAUCAAGCGUAUAGGAAUGCAACUUCUUGCGUUUCAGGCAAUAACAUUUUUAUUUAUUUUAUUUUUUGGGGAUUAUCUAUUUGCAUCUUUAAAAAAAAAACUUAUGUGGUUUAAUAAAAUAUCUGCAGAAUCUGACAAUUUUUUUCCACCCAAUUAAUUACCAGAAUAAUCGAUUACUAAAAUGAUUGUUUGCUUUAGCCCUACUUACAAAUGGAACACCUGCAUUAAUUGCCAUGAGGCUGUGGAGAUGCACCCAGUAGAAACGUGGUCAGGGUUUGGACUCAUGAAGACAAACUGCCGGAUCUCCAGCUCCCCACCGUUCACAGGCAGCAGGAUCACACCAGCCAACACAUCAAGCGAUGCAACAACUCGCUCCAGCGCAGAGGAUCGCCAGCAUAAAACUGUUUAUAUUUUAUAAGAACUGCUCUUUCUCACAACUUGUUCUAUCAUGUUCAUUGAUGCGUUGUGCGCAAGAACCGGGAUGAAAAAUCUGCAGCCAAAAAUGAAAAGAAAAAAAAUUAACUUAAAAAAGUGUUGAAUUUAAAUUUAAGCUACAGCUGCUUAACAGAAGUCUGCAUGAAUCCGAGGAUUUUUGUCUCACGUCGAAUCAUUUUGCACUUCGUCAUGUAUCUGUGCCAAGUUUAGUUGUUUACGUUUGUCAGUAUUCACACACAGAAAGAUUAAGCUUAACUUUAUAAACUUUGUGUUGCUCAACACUAUUAAAACCAAUAUUAGUAAUAAUUGUGAGCUCAGCAGAUAUGCAGGUCGCUAUGGUAACAAUGCAUGAGCCUUGCAGCAUCCCUUUACCUGCCAACCAAUGAGACGCUGUAUGUGAGCACACUGUAAAAACACACAAUCUCACGAAGCCAUUUUGAUCUCGUUUCAGUGCAAAUAUCUUAGUAAACUUGAAAUAAGAGAAACCUAACUUAUAAGUAAAUUUUCUGCAAGAUACAGGAUUUUGAGUAAAUAAUUCCUUAAUAUUGAUUUUAAAAAAAACUACUGGUUUCCCCUGGCAGAUUAUUUUACUAAAAAUAAGAUAUUUUUCCCAUAAUAUAAGUAAAAAAAUCUGGCAGUGGAGCUAUCACUUUUUCAUCAAUAUUAAAGAUUUAUUGACUCAAAAUAAGUUCCUGUAUUUUGCAGAAAAUGUAUUUUGCAGAAAAUGUUCUGGUAAUUUACCGUAUUUCAAGUGUAAUACAAUAUCUGCACUAGAAACUAGAUAAAACUACUUGGUAAUAUUUAAUAUUUUUGCAGUGCAGCCUCAGGUCCAAACCGCACAACACAGUAAUAAAGUGGUACUGAGCUGACCCGUCUGUCAGCAUAAGAUGUGAACUCCAGAUGCACAAAAACCAUCAAUUUCUUCUUUUUUUUAUGGCUUCUUUGCAACUGAUGAGUUAUUGAUUUCUCCGUGACAGUUGUAUAGGUACAAAUACGGUUUUUGUUUUUUUGUUGUUGUUUUUUUUGCAGCUGAAGAAGCAGUGACAGCCAGAAUGAUUAUAAAGCAUCAAGAUGUGAAAACAGUUUGAGAACCAAACUGCAUUAUGAUGUAUUCAGUCAUCUGAAAAAGUAUUAACACCUCUUGAGCUUUUCUGCUGUUUAGCACAGGACAACCACAAACUUCAGUGUUUUAUUGGGAUUUAAAAUUUUAGUCUAAUGAAGUAGAGCAUGAUUAUGAAGUGGAAGGAAAAUUACGUUUUAAUAAAAUACAACGUGUCACAUUCAUUUGUAUUCAGCCAUCUUUACACAGAUGCCAGAAAGAAUUGCUUAAAGAAAACCUUAAAACUGCAGUAGUAACUUUUAUAAAAUUAAUUUUUACAUAUUUGUUAAUACUGCCACCAUGUCAUGACAGUUUAAACUGUGAUAAUAAUCAGUGAAAAGAAAUGCACCGCUGCUGACCAAAGACAACCAAUCAGAGCCAGGAGGAGGUCCUUAUUGCUGUCAAUCAUCUCAUGUACUCACUGCUAAAUGUGCUAAUGGCAGAGAAGCAACUUACCAUUUACCCGCCAUCAUAGAAUAUUUUAGUAAUCGAGAAACUGAUUGAUCUUUUUACAGAUUAUCUGUCUCGUAUUAAACUGUAACAACAUGGUGACAGCAUUAACAGAUAAUUAUUUUUCUAAAAGUUUCAUACUGCUCCUUUAACCACUUCAUGCCAAAAUCUACAGAUAAGAGUGGCAGAACUCUAUUUAAGGUUCAGACUUGAAUUCAAUUGAGAAUCAUUAUGAAAACCUGAAAACUAAUGUUCCUCACGUUUAAUUCUGAUUUUACUAAUUUUCCUUACACUUCAUUUUCUGCAUUAUAAAAUCCAAACUGUGUAAAAUGUGAACAUUAAGCGGUACAAGUUGCUGCAUGUUGAGCUUUGAUUUAGUCAUUUGAUAGUUUAAAUAAAAUCUCAGCUGUUCUGAUUUUUAUGAGUCACAAAUACACUACAAACAUUUCUUCAGCCUCGUUAACCAUCUAAGGAUCAAAACUCGGCUGCUGCCUGCAACCGAUCCAGCAACACUCCUAACAAAGCCGCAUGCUUGUAGAAAAUGGAAAUCAUGUAGAUUGAGACCUUUGCAAAACCUCUCAUGAUAUGUUAAUAUAUUAUGACGAAUUGCCACCUUACAUGCCACCAAAAAGGAGGGAAGGAAAAAAAAACGCUCUGCAAGGUUAAUGUCAGACAUUUGCGUCAGAACAGCCUCGUCUCUGAUUUCUGCACAGCGACCUUGUAGGUUCAUUAGACGGGGGCAGAAACAGACAGGAUGCCCUCUACUGCCAACAGACCAGACUUCAUGUAGGCUUAGUCAGCAUUCAAAUAUUUAACAUGCAGAUUGUGACAAAAGUGUUAAAGGAAAGUUAAUAACUGGACAUUUGGAGUACUUAAAUUUGCUGUUUUUUUCUUUAAAUCUGCUUGUACUGAAGAGUAAAAGCAGAAUUUUGUAUCCCUUGUGUGUGAGUGUAUAUACUUUUUGAAAUACUAGGCUAAAGAUGUAGCACUAACAUGAAAUUAUCUUCUUUCAUACAUUAGGAUAGACUAUAAAAGGAAGCGCUCUAUCUGCAAAAGAGCAGCGCCAAAGAUUUUCCGCUGAACAGAAAAACUCCGCCUAAAGGAAUCUCCUGUUCGCCUCCAUUAAAUUUUAUUUUUCCAGGUUUUCUUUCCUUCUGUCCAACAUAUCUAACCUUCAAAUACAACUCCAAAUACCUCAGAGCUGUCCAUGGAGUAGAAGCAAACCACCCAACAGGAAGCGUGCUGACGACUAAACUAUCAGCGUUAAAUAAAUCUUUAAUGGGAUCUGACGAGAUGAUUUCAUUAUAUUUGUACCGACAUGUUUUAAACAUUAAAAUUUUGCCCUGCAAUAAC